GGACUCCGCGCCCCUCCUGCGCUAGGGUGAGGGGCGCACAGGGAGGUGUAGACCCCGCUGGCUUGGUUCCUUCGACCCUCACCUGGUCUCGGGAGCGACCUCGAGUCCUGAUGUUGUGAGGAGUGGGGUCGCCCCAGGACAGGGUUGCCUGGUGACCUCCGACAGCCGUCGGGAUGGAGGUGAGACGGCAGCGGUGACGCCCGCCCUCGCGCACCUCUGCACCGCAGCAGCCCGCAGCGCUCCCCGCCCCCCGCCCCCGCGGCAGCGGGCCUUGCCGUCGAGUGACAGCGGCCUGGGGGGGCAGGGGGGGCGGGGGCGGCCGGACCAGCGAUGCCGGCGGGCAUGACGAAGCAUGGCUCGCGCUCCACCAGCUCGCUGCCGCCGGAGCCCAUGGAGAUCGUGCGCAGCAAGGCGUGUUCACGCAGGGUGCGCCUCAACGUCGGGGGCCUGGCACACGAGGUGCUGUGGCGCACUCUGGACCGCCUGCCCCGCACGCGGCUGGGCAAGCUCCGGGACUGCAACACGCACGACUCUCUGCUCCAGGUGUGCGACGACUACAGCCUAGAGGACAACGAGUACUUCUUUGACCGCCACCCGGGCGCCUUUACCUCCAUUCUCAAUUUCUACCGCACGGGCCGGCUGCACAUGAUGGAGGAGAUGUGCGCGCUGAGCUUCAGCCAGGAGCUGGACUACUGGGGCAUCGAUGAGAUCUACCUGGAGUCCUGCUGUCAGGCCCGUUACCACCAGAAGAAGGAGCAGAUGAAUGAGGAGCUGAAGCGCGAGGCCGAGACACUGCGGGAGCGGGAGGGCGAGGAGUUCGACAACACGUGCUGCGCGGAGAAGAGGAAGAAACUCUGGGACCUCCUGGAGAAGCCCAACUCAUCGGUAGCCGCCAAGAUCCUGGCCAUCAUCUCCAUCAUGUUCAUCGUCCUCUCCACCAUCGCCCUGUCACUCAACACGCUGCCUGAGCUGCAGAGCCUGGAUGAGUUCGGCCAGAGCACGGAUAACCCACAGCUGGCACACGUAGAAGCAGUGUGCAUUGCAUGGUUCACCAUGGAGUACUUGCUGAGGUUCCUGUCCUCACCCAAGAAGUGGAAGUUUUUUAAGGGUCCUCUCAACGCCAUUGACUUACUGGCCAUCCUGCCCUACUAUGUCACCAUCUUCCUCACAGAAUCCAACAAGAGCGUGCUGCAGUUCCAGAACGUGCGCCGAGUGGUCCAGAUCUUUCGCAUCAUGCGCAUCCUGCGCAUCCUGAAGCUGGCCCGCCACUCCACCGGCCUGCAGUCCCUGGGUUUCACGCUCCGCAGGAGCUACAACGAGCUGGGCUUGCUCAUCCUCUUUCUUGCCAUGGGCAUCAUGAUCUUCUCCAGCUUGGUCUUCUUUGCCGAGAAGGAUGAGGAUGACACCAAGUUCAAAAGCAUCCCUGCUUCUUUCUGGUGGGCCACUAUCACCAUGACAACCGUUGGGUAUGGAGACAUCUAUCCUAAGACCCUCCUAGGGAAAAUUGUGGGUGGUCUCUGCUGCAUCGCCGGGGUCCUAGUGAUCGCUCUUCCCAUUCCCAUUAUUGUCAAUAACUUCUCAGAGUUCUAUAAGGAGCAGAAGCGGCAGGAGAAAGCCAUCAAGCGGAGAGAGGCUCUGGAGAGAGCCAAGAGGAAUGGCAGCAUCGUGUCCAUGAAUAUGAAGGAUGCCUUCGCCCGGAGCAUCGAGAUGAUGGACAUUGUGGUUGAGAAAAAUGGAGAGAACAUGGCUAAGAAGGAUAAAGUGCAGGAUAACCACCUGUCUCCUAACAAGUGGAAAUGGACCAAGAGAGCACUAUCUGAGACCAGCUCCAGCAAGUCCUUUGAAACCAAGGAGCAGGGGUCCCCUGAGAAGGCCAGAUCAUCUUCUAGUCCUCAGCACCUGAACGUCCAGCAGUUGGAAGACAUGUACAACAAGAUGGCCAAGACACAGUCCCAACCCAUCCUCAAUACCAAGGAGAUGGCACCACAGAGCCAGCCAAAGGAAGAACUGGAUAUGGGAAGCAUGCCCAGCCCUGUGGCCCCUCUGCCCACACGCACAGAAGGCGUCAUCGACAUGCGAAGCAUGUCCAGCAUUGACAGCUUUAUCAGCUGUGCCACGGACUUCCCUGAAGCCACCAGAUUCUCCCACAGCCCUCUGGCAUCCCUGUCCAGCAAGGCUGGGGGCAGCACAGCUCCAGAGGUCGGCUGGCGGGGGGCUCUGGGUGCCACUGGUGGGAGACUCAUUGAGGCCAAUCCCACUCCUGAGGCUGGCCACUCUGGUUUCUUUGUUGAGAGCCCCAGGAGUUCCAUGAAGACCAGCAACCCCAUGAAGCUCCGGGCACUCAAGGUCAACUUCAUGGAGGGCGAUCCCAGCCCGCUGCUGCCCUCUCUGGGUAUGUACCACGAUCCUCUUAGGAACAGAGGAGGCGCGGCAGCUGCCGUCGCAGGACUGGAGUGCGCCUCACUCUUGGACAAGCCUGUGCUGAGCCCAGAGUCCUCCAUCUACACCACAGCAAGUGCCAGAACACCCCCUCGCUCCCCUGAGAAACACACAGCAAUAGCAUUCAACUUUGAGGCGGGCGUCCACCAGUACAUAGACACGGACACGGACGAUGAGGGUCAGCCACUCUACAGCGUGGACUCCAGUCCUCCCAAGAGUCUCCAUGGGAGCACCAGCCCCAAGUUCAGCAUUGGAACUAGAACGGAGAAGAACCACUUUGAAAGCUCCCCCCUGCCCACCUCCCCUAAGUUCUUAAGGCCGAACUGUGUCUACUCCUCAGAAGGGUUGACUGGGAAAGGUCCCGGAGCUCAAGAAAAGUGUAAGCUGGAGAACCACACCUCCCCCGACGUGCACAUGCUGCCCGGAGGAGGAGCACAUGGGAGCACUCGUGAUCAGAGCAUCUGAGCUGUCCACUGCAGAGGGGAGUUUGCAGGAGAAAUCAAGGAGGAG